CUCUCCCCUGCCCCCCCACACACCCUGCGCGCGCGCGCCAACCGUCAACAGCCAUGGAAGCCCGGCCCCCGGCCGCGUCCGGGAUGGAGACCCUGUCGUUCCCGCGCUUCAACGCGGCCGAGCUGGUCGGCUACAUCCGCAACCUCAUCCUGACCGGAGCCGACGGGAAAAACCUGUCCAAGAACGACCUCUACCCCAACCCUAAGCCAGAAGUCCUGCACACGAUCUUCAUGAGGGCCCUGCAGAUCGUCUACGGCAUCCGCCUGGACCACUUCUACAUGAUGCCGAUGAACGUGGAGAUCGUGUACCCGCAGAUCAUGGAGGGGUUCCUGCCCAUCUGCAGCCUGUUUAUCCACCUGGACUCCUUCCUCCCCAUCUGUCGCGUCAACGACUUCGAGAUCGCCGACGUCCUGUGCCCAAAGGGGAAACGGACCAGCCGGUUCCUCAGUGGCAUCAUCAACUUCAUCCACUUCCGAGAAACCCACCGGGAAGCCUACCUGGAGCUGCUCUGGAGACACAAAUCCUCGCUGGACAAGAAGAACCAGCUGGAGGCCGCCAACCAGGAGGCCGCGAUGAAGCUGGAGAUGUUGAAUUCGGUCCCGGCCGAGCAGCAGGCGGAGUUCCAGCACCUGUCGGACGACAUUCAGAAGCUGCAGCAGACGCUGAACCAGGAUUUCCGCCGGAAAACCGGAGGCUUGCAGGAAGUGAUCUCCCAGAAGAAGGCGGUUGUGGCGGAGAAGACGCGACGCUUGAACGAAAUCAAGCUGGCCACGGUCGCCCUGAGGGAGGAGCAGGAUUCCCUGAAGGCCAAGAUCGUGGAAUCGCCCGAGGAGCUGAAGAACUACAAGGAGAGGAUGAAGGAGACGGUCCAGAAGCUGAAACUGGCCAAGCAAGGCCUGACGGAGAAGUACGAAGCCUACCGAGACUUAGUGGACAGUCUACCCACCUGCCAGCUGGAAGUCCGCUCCUACCAGAAAAAGGCGCAGAGCCUCGCCGCCAACGUGGACAGGGCGGCCGCCAUCCGGGCCGAGAGCCGGGCCCUGGAGGACCAGAUCGAGAGCGGCCAAGUGGAGCUGAAGAACCUGAGCACGGAGAGCAGCUCGCUGAAGAGGCUGACCGUCGCCAAGAAGGAGAAGCUCACCACGGCCCAGUUCAAGAUCACCAAGAACCAGGAGGACGCCGAGCUGUACAAGCGCACCGUGUUCGAGGACUGUAACAAAGUGCAGGAGAAGCGGGGGGCCGUUUGCGAGCGGGUGACGGCCAUCAACAACGAGAUCCAGAAGGUGAAAGUGGCCAUCCAGAGCCUGCAUGACACCACCAAGAAGGAGAAGCUCAAGUCCCAGGAAAUCUUCUCUACCCUGAGAAGCGCUCUGGAGAAAUACCACGACGCCUUGGAGAAAACUGCCCAGCUGUCUUCGGCCCGGAUGGACGACAAGAUGGCGGAACUGAACAGGAAGAUCUUCCAGAUGUAGACUGGAGAUAAGAAUCCCUCAAAACCUUGCUCCGAGCUGGAAUAAUGAGCUUAGAAAGAAAAGAUCGCUUCCAUCUUUCUACAUUAAAAAAAAGAAAAAGGAAAAAAAAACGAGUCCAGGCCCAGCGGUUCAACAAAUAUUACUCAUGUCGUCGGCGGAAAGAAAGGGGGACGUGUGAAUUUUUCUUCAAAAAAGGGGAAGGGGAAACACAGAAAGCAUUGUUCGGCGUAUCGGAAAAAUUAAUCGACAUAGAAAAGUGUAAGAGCUCGCAAUUCAGAAAGCCAAGAAUUGGGACAGCCCAGCGGAGGAUAAUUUUGUAGCCAGUUAAUUUAAUUGCAUAAAUCAUUCCUUUGUUAGCAAUAAAGAGAUAUAAUUAA